CGCUCGACUCUUAAAACAACUUACAUCAUUUCACGUGAUACGUGUUCGUCUGUGAACAUCGACAAGAAUACAAUGGCGACAUUCUCUUUGAUUGUAAUGCUAGGGUUGUUUUCAUGUACUGUUGUGUGUGGAUACCUUCUUCCUGGAGAAUUUCGAAAAGUUGUAGCCACCCUUCAUGCCAGCAACGGUGGAGGCUUCGGGUCGUGGGCUGAACCGCAGUAUUGUGCAAGAUCGACAUACGCUGUUGGAUAUAAAAUCAAGGUUGAACAAUCUCAGGGAAACCAUGAUGAUACAGCCCUCAACGGCAUCAGUCUGGUCUGUGCCCACCUCGACGGUACAUUUGGUGGUGACAUCACUUCCGGAGUUGGGAAUUUUGGCUCUUGGUACAACCCUGUGUAUUGUCCCCAUGAUGACAUCGAAUAUGUGCAAAUCAUGGUCCAGUUUAAUUUUAGAGUUGAGCCAUCACAGGGUCACAAUGACGACACCGCGGCGAACGACGUGCAGUUCAAGUGCAACGAUUUGGAGGGCAGGGACCCGGCUAGAGAUGUAGUGAUCCAUGCGCCGGGAAGGACCGGAUGGGGAAGCUGGGCUUGGAGUACCACGUGCCCGGAGAACUCGGGUAUUUGUGGGAUUCAAACAAGGGUGGAACCGCCAAUCGGCAAUGGCGAUGAUACCGGUUUGAAUGACGUCAACCUGUUUUGUUGCAAAGACUAAAGUAGUCUUUGAUAUGUUGCUCCAUUGUUAAUGAAUUGUUUGGCUGUGGCAUUUUUGUGUUUUUUACUUGAUUUAAUGUAUUGCUUGACUUUUGUAAAUUUAAAGUAUAAUAACCUCACGAUAUUUGACAGUGUAACGAUGAUAAGAUUAAAAUCAUGGAAGCAAU